UUCCGAAAGCUUCUUCGUGAUUGAAACGUGGGUCGUUUUUCCGCAGUGAAUUUUCCGUGUUGUGAUUUUGAGACUAUUUUUCAAGGAUUUCCCGCAAGUUGGACGUGUCAAGUUGGAGUGAUUUAAUGGAUUCUGAUCCUGAUAUCGAGAUUGUCGACAAAAUCGAUAAAGAUAGCGGAAUGGCAUCCAAGGAUGAGACUCCUGAAAGAAAAAGUGACUUGUCAUCGCCAAAGGAAGAGGUUAAAGAAGCCGAAAACUACGAUGAUGAACCCGACGAAACCUUGGGCGAACGUUUGUGGGGUUUAACAGAAAUGUUUCCCGAAACAGUGCGAAACGCGACAUCGAGUGUCAACAAUUUCACGGUUAGCAGUAUCAAAGGCUUGUACAAAUUCACCUGCAACGCGUCCUGGAUCUUCUUUACGAGUUCGAUGAUUUUGUUCGCUCCCGUCAUUUUCGAGACGGAACGCGCCAAUAUGGAGGAGAUGCAAAAGUCAGAACAGAAACAACUCUUGCUUGGGCCCGGAGCUGCAGGCACAGGACUUACGCCCGGAAUGCCGCCAAUUUAAACACAAAACAGCUAAUUACUAACUUAAAAUGUAGACAAAAAAUGAGAGAUGAAGGAAGUACAAUUCGUGAAGCAUGCAGAAUCCUGUAGAAAAAUUGAAUCAACGUAGCAAAAAAGUACCAAUUGCAUUUUUUUUUUCUCCAAUUGAUAUUCGAAAGGUACGCAGAUGAGGGAUUUUAAGCGCAGGACAUGUUGUAAUUCAUUCGAGAUUUAAUAAAAAUUCUAGUUUUAAAGAUUAUUGCAAAGAA